UUUACAACUUUUUGUUUCAUGUUUCAUGGUUCGGUUAAUUUCAGUGUUGGUCUGACUUUAUCCUGAUUUAAGAAAUAUAAUUGAUUACUAAUUGGUGUAAACUUCAGUUAACUCAUCAGGUGAAGAGGUCAUCUUUAAAAAUAGUUUCUGAGAUACGCCGGUUCUUCAUAAUAAUCUCUGUAGAUCGACAAGUACACAUCCAAAAUUAAGUUGAAAUGGCAGAGAAACCUGAAGAGUUAUCUUUACCUGUCGCCUCCGUCAGCCGUGUGAUAAAUGAUGCCCUACCCAGCGGAAUCAACGUGUCGAUGGAGACCCGCAAGACGAUUUCAAAAGCAGCUUCAGUGUUCGUUCUUUACACAACGGCGACAGCGGCGAGUAUGUCACAAAAAGCAGGGAGGAAAACUAUGAAUGCAAACGAUGUAAUGGACGCCCUUACCGAUAUGGAAUUCCCUCAAUUUAAAGAAACUUUAGAAAGGCUUCUCCAAGAGUAUAGACAAACUCAGAAGAAGAAGAAGGAGACUAACACGGCCAAGAAGCAGUCGACGGGGGGAGGUGGGGACAGCAAAAAAUCGACCAGCACACCCCAAGCACAGAAUACGAGUGAAGUGGUAGAGUUAUCAGAUUCGGACGAGUAGUAGUGAUAACUAUUCCAUGUUUUUUGUUGCAUUUCCGAAUAUUCACUUUUUAUGCUUUUUAUAUUUAUCUUAUUUUAUUGUCUUUUAAGGUAUGAAUAAUUAAGUAUGUGUUCUGUUUGAAAAUGCUACGCAUCAUGUGUAGAUCAUGUAUAUUAGUUAACAUUAAUGGUAUGAAUGACUCAUCUAAAGUGAUUUCUUACUACCAGUGUAGUAGUCCUUGUAAUCUAUAACCAAAAAUAAGUCGAAUUUUCAAUAAAUCUUUACUUUCAAAUGAUUAA